AGGAUCUCCGAWGCCAURCGACCCACCUCCURUCCUCAGUGAGACAGCCCAUACCCUAAACCUCCAGGACCACACAGGACAGGAGAGAGAUGUGAAGCCAGCUCUGGGCUCAUGCUAUAAGGCAGAGAAAGAGACCCAGAGCCCCUGACCCUGAGAGUUGUGGGUACACAGCGUUAUCUAAUGGAUGGCCGAGUGACUAAGUGAAGGAAGGAACUCAGAACAGAACUGACGUGAGGUCAUAAUGAGUGGUCAGCAAGGCGAGCCUGCCAUCGGCCACAGCCAUGUUGGUGAGGUCAGGAACAACAACCAGAACAGCCAUGUUGGUGAGGUCGGGAGCAACAACCAGAACCAGCAGGCCGGGGGAGAGCGAGUGGGGGCGGUGACACCCGAAGGGGAUGCUAAUGCUAACCAGAUGAUCCAGAUGGGGGAGGGGGGCAGCGACGGCGGAGGGGAGAGUACAGGAGGAGAUGUUGACACUCUGCCCCCCCUGAUGUCUCAGACCACUGAGGUGUCUCAGACAGUCACAGAGGAGCAGAAGAACAAGAUCGUCAUCUGGGGGACAGACUCUAGGUGUGACGACCCUGAGCUGGCCGAGUUUGAGAUGUUAGAAUGUCAGGAGCUGGAGGCAUACCUGGUGGAGGAGGAGGAGGAGGAAGAGGAGGUGGAGGAGGACGCAUGUGAAGGAGUAGGACUAGGAGUAGGAGUGAAAGGAGGUGCACGGCAGAUCCUCCUGGACCAGCCUGUCUCUWUAGUGGAUCUAGUCUCUGACAGUAGAGAGGGAGGAGGGAGGAGGACUAUUCAACGGGGCUCCAGCGGGCAGGACGUCGCCACCAUGGGCUCUGGAGGAACCAGAGGGACGGCGGAGUAUGUGACGAGGACAGAGUUCAGCUCUGAGAACCAUGUCUUGGUGUCCCGCCUGUCCGCUAUGUUCAGUCCGGAUGGGAGKCUGGUCAGUGCUCUGGACACCGCUGGACGGACACAGGCCACCACCACAGACUCCUGGCACGUCCCCUCUGGACCCUCAGGACCAGACGGGACCAUCUUAGAGGAUCUCACCCUGGCCUCCCAGUCUUGUACCACCAUCUCAGACCGGUCCAAGGCCUCUCAGCGAYCCAAACAACCUCGGGCUCCAUCUAAAAGCACAAUACAACGAGCUGACGUCGAUCUAAACCAGAACACAACUGUUAGGUCUGAGGAGGUUGUCGUUCCGGAAGCACAAGUCAGUGACACCGUCGUAGUGGGUCGUUGUAAAUGUCAGCACAACAUGGAGGAAGAUCAGGGCAAUGAAAAGCACAACCAGAAUCUGGAGCAGAGGUAACAGGCCAAUGAUAGAGGCAGUGGGAGGAAGGCAGCUGAUGACCAACAGGAUGUUAGAGGAGUGGGAGGAAGGCAGCUGAGGAACACCAGGAUGCUAGAGGUAGUGGGGGAGGCAGCUGA